GGCCCGGCCCGGCGGCCGCCCGCCUCCGCCGCCGGGACGCUCAGAAUCAGAAGCAACUCUGAAAAUUUGUCCCUGCGUGGCAGUCGUUACCAUCCGGUUACCUCCACGGGGAUUCAGCCUGCCAGGUCCGCUCCCAGAGGGUCUGGUGCGGAGGAGGUUCCCUUGGCUGCUGGUGCCAAGGAGAGGUCGGUUUGGGCCGGGAAGGACUCCUGAUCUGGUAAUGGGAACACUGGUCUGAGCUCUUCAGGUGGAGCCCCAAGUGCAGAGCGGAGAUUUGUAUCACCCAGCUGAGUAUAAGGAGGAAGAAACCAGACCUCAUCCACUUCCAUCCCACAGGAGCUCCGGGGAGGCUUGGCGCCUUGGAGGAGAGAGGAUGGCUCAGGAGACAAACCAGACGCAGGUGCCUCUCUUGUGUACCACAGGCUGUGGAUUUUAUGGCAGCCCCCGGACCAACGGGAUGUGCUCCGUUUGCUAUAAGGAGUUUCUACAGAGACAGCAGAGCAGUGACCGGAUAAGUCCCCCAGCACCCAGUGGUCCCAACAGCAGCCCCAUGGCUUCAGAUUCGGUUGCAGGGCAGCGUGCAGAGGGAGACUCCACGCCUGAGGAUGUGAAAGCCAGUGCUCAGACUCCUGUGACCCAUCAGAUGACGGCCAUGAGCAUAUCCAGAGAAGAAAACAGCAGCGAGACAGAAGAAUUCAUCAAGACAGAAGAAGCCUCAUCAGCAUCUUCCUCAUCAGGUACCCUGCUUGAAAUAUCCCAGAACAUAGCUGAGGGCAAGACAGCUUCGGAAAAGCCGAAACAGAAGAAGAAUCGCUGCUUCACUUGCCGGAAGAAGAUAGGGCUGACUGGCUUUGACUGCCGCUGCGGGAACUUGUUCUGUGCCAUUCACCGGUACUCCGACAUGCACGCCUGCCCCUACGACUACAAGGCAGAAGCUGCCGAGAAGAUCCGUAAGGAGAACCCCAUCGUUAUCGCUGAGAAGAUUCAGAAGUUGUGAAGGGGGCUGAGCAGCUUGAACUGCAGCCAGAUGGCCUGGUGCUCCUCCCCUUCCUCCCAGCCUUCCUCCUCUUCCUCCCAGCCCUGUCGGUGGUGCACCGGGGACUCCAGCAGCACACAAGAACCAGCACCUGGACAUGGGGACUCCUUGCACCUCUUUGGCAGACAGUUGGCAUUCCUUCUCUCCCUUCCUGCCCAUCUGACAGCCACAGCUCAGCUGAUCCGUUCUCAACCAGCUUCCCAAAGGAAAAUGGACUGUCCUGCCCUGCCGCUCUAGUGCUAAGACCUUUGGACUUGUCUUCCGCCGGGGCGGUUUGCAUGGGGCGGGCAGCAGGGCUUUGCCGGGAAGCCUUUCCCUUCAGCCAGCAGCUCAGAGUCCUACGAACCGCCCAGGACGCACAGCUGGAGCCCAUGAGCAGCUGCUGGACUCUGUUCCCUCUGCCCCACCGUCUCUUUGUGGCAGAUGUAAAACCGGGAGCUGGGGAAUCCCGGCAGCAAGGCUGCCUUCUGCUCCCCUAGAGGUGUUUGUUCUCAGAUGCAGAUAAUUGGAUUCUGUAGUUUUAAUGCCCCAAAUACCCCUCUGCUCCCUUUGAGAUGCUGUUGUUGAAGCACCGGGAUAGUUAAGCAGCAGAGUACUGGCACAGUAAAAUUAUUUUGUGGCUUGAAGCGACGUAGAUGCGCUCCAGCCGCAGGUCAGGACCUUUAGGGAAGUACCGCUCACUGCCUCGUGCCUCUUGCCACAGGGAGGGAGCCGGCCUGCCGGGCUUGCUCCGUCCAGGAACGUGGCUGGGCUGAGGGACACCCUUGCACCAGCCUCCCGUGCUUCACCACCCCCUGAAUAACCACUGGCCGCUUCCCAAGCGAGGUUUGCUGUAACACGGUGGCGCCUGCCCUUUUCCUCUCCCUUCUGCUCCCUGCCUUCUGCCUUACACGAUUCUUUCUCAUCAGGGUGGUGCGCAAAGCUCAGAUCGCCAAACCUCCGCUUCCUUCCCUGUCCCUGCAUGCAGGCGGAUGGUGGGAACCCUUCCUCCCCCGUGGGCUUCGCUGAUACUCGGUGAGAGCCUUUCUCCCCUAUGAGCACGUUGGCUUGGGAAGCCCACCUGACCCUCCCUGCUCUCCCACCUCGCUGCUUGUCCCCAUGGGAUGAGAGGCAGGGCCAGAUCCCCAGGAGACACUCUGAAAGCCAGACAGGGGGAUCUGGGGCACGGGGAGGGCCGCAGGGCACGUGAAAAGUCACAAGGAGGGUCCUGGCGUGCCCAGAAGUGCAGGUGGGGGCUUUUGGAAAAGCCCAUGACGAGCCCUGGGGAGCAGGGAGAGGCACUUGCAGGGCUCUGGGCCCACUGAAAGACUCGUAGAGUUCUCGGGGGUGCUGGAAGACUCAGGGUGGGUCCUGGUGUGCAAGGGAAGGCAAAAGGAGAGCUUUGGGGAACACUGAACAUGCUCAGAGAACUUGAGUGACCUGAGGGCACCUGGAAGGCUCUGGGCUGCACACACACUCACAUAUGCAUGUGGAGGGCUCUGGUGUCCAGGGAAAGCCAAAUGCUGGGCUCUGUAGCCCUCCAGGUAAAACACGUGGAGGACUCUGAGGCUGUUAGAAAGGAAAACGGGGGGCUCAGGUACACAGCGCAAGGCAGGCAGAGGCUCCUGGGGUGCACCGAAAGUCACCUCCACCACCCAGGGUCUGCGCCCGCCCCAGAACAUCCCGGCAGGGCUCUCCUCCCUGGGAACACCGGGAGCGGAGCUGCAGCUGUGGGGCUCCCGGUGGUCUCACAAGCAGAGAAACCUGGAUGAGUCCUGGAGGAAAAGCAGCAGCCUCUGCCCCGCUUCCAGCCAUCCCACACUUUGGAAAGUGUUUCCCUCGGCGUUGGCUCGUAUAAGGGCAUCAGAGAGCAGAGCAGCAGGCG